AGUGGUCAAGAAGCAUUAUUAUAUUUUUGAACCUUCGCAAAGUGUUAUUUAGUUCGCAGCUACUGCAUCCAAAUUCUCCUUAAAAUGAUUCGCAAUGUGGCAACAGUUCUUGGCAGAAUGCGACUCCGUAGCCCGAAACAAAUAUCUGUGCGCUACGAGCACCAGAUACCCGAGAACCUAAAAAAGGUCGAAACGGACAAGGACCCCGAAUUCUCGGCCAUGGUGCUCUACUAUUACCAUAAGGCCGCCCAGACAAUGGAGCCUGCCCUGGUCAAGGAAAUGGAAAAGUAUCCGCAUAUGAAGCCCGAGGAGCGUCAGGCACGAGUCUCUGCUAUUCUGAACCUGCUCGGAAGCGUCUCCACUUCUGUAGAGGUUAAUUUUCCCAUUGUGCGCAAGAAUGGCACAUACGAAAUCAUCAGUGGUUAUCGCUCGCAUCAUGUCCGCCACCGACUGCCCCUCAAAGGGGGAAUCCGGUACGCCCUAGACGUUGAUUCACACGAGGUGAAGGCCCUCGCCGCUAUUAUGACGUUCAAGUGCGCUUGCGUAAAUCUUCCAUACGGUGGAUCUAAGGGCGGAGUGUGCAUCGAUCCCAAGCAAUAUACCGUGGAUGAGCUGCAGACGAUCACACGUCGCUAUACGAUGGAGCUGCUUAAGCGAAACAUGAUAGGUCCCGGCAUUGACGUUCCGGCACCCGAUAUGAACACGGGUCCUCGCGAGAUGGCCUGGAUUGUGGAUCAGUACCAAAAGACCUUUGGCUACAAGGACAUCAAUUCCUCGGCCAUAGUCACCGGAAAGCCCGUUCACAUUGGCGGCAUCAACGGACGUCACUCGGCCACAGGAAGAGGUGUGUGGAAGUCGGGUGAUCUCUUCCUGCAGGACAAGGAGUGGAUGGAUCUGAUCAAGUGGAAGACGGGCUGGAAGGACAAGACGGCCAUUGUGCAGGGCUUUGGCAAUGUGGGCUCCUUUGCGGCCAAGUUCGUGCAUGAUGCGGGUUGCAAGGUCAUCGGGAUCAAGGAGUUCGAUGUUUCCCUGUUCAAUAAGGACGGCAUCGAUAUCAACGACCUCUUUGAAUACAAGGAGGAAAAGAAGACGAUUAAGGGUUACCCCAAGGCGGAGGAGUCAAAGGAAGAUCUGCUGAAGGCCCAGUGCGACAUCCUUAUGCCCUGCGCCACCCAGAAGGUGAUUACCAGCGACAAUGCCAACGAUAUCAAGGCCAAGCUGAUUCUGGAGGGUGCCAAUGGACCCACCACACCCGCUGGUGAGAAGAUCCUAUUGGAUAAGGGUGUGCUCCUGGUACCCGAUCUCUAUUGCAAUGCGGGCGGUGUGACCGUAUCCUACUUUGAGUACCUAAAGAACAUUAAUCAUGUGUCCUACGGCAAGAUGAACUCCAAGACCACAAGCGAACUAAUUAUCGAACUGAUGAAUUCGAUAAACGAGUCCCUGCGACAAUGCCCCGAUCAGAACUUUCCUGAUAUCAAGCCCAAUAAGAAACUAAAGAAAAUUCGCGAGUGCACCACUGAGGCGGACAUCGUGGAUGCAGCUCUCCAGACUGUGAUGGAAUCCGCGGCUCUCGGGAUCAAGCAGAUGGCCAACAAAUUUGAGUUGUGCAACGAUUUGCGUCGUGCCGCUUAUGUCUGGUCCUCUUUCAAGAUUUUCCAGGCCAUGGAAAGCUCCGGCAUUUCUCAGCAGUGA